AUGUCUUUCAUUGACAGUACGUUCGGUGCGGCACUGGUUGGCCUCGUUGUCGGUGCUUGCUUGUACGGGAUAACACUGCUACAAACUUUCAGCUACUUCAGGAAUUAUUCCAAUGAUAACUCGUUUGUCAAGUCGCUCGUUAUCGUCCUAACGUAUUUGGUGACGAACUUUGGCAACAACGACAACCUGGACCUAACGACAUGGAGUAUGGCUUUGCAAACUGAUUGUAAUGGCCUCAUUGGCCUGAUCGUCGAAGCAUUCUUCGCUCGACUGAGCAAGAACUGGAUUUUAACGGGUAUCAUCGUUAUCUUGGCAUGCAUUCAUUUUGGACUUGGCGUCGGUGAGAAGUUCAGAGCUCUUCACCGCAGAAUCCUUGAUAGGGAGUACUUCGCUGGUCUCACGCGCACAACGGAGAUUGAUACCUCAUGUAUAUCAGACAUCAUCAUCGCCGUGGCCAUGUGUUACUACUUGUACAAGAAACGCACUGGACUGAAGAGUGUGAACAGUGGACUGGUUACAAGCAUCAUCGGGACGAUCUGCGUCGUGACCUUUGCAGCAAUGCCCACUAACUUCGUCUGGCUGAGCUUCUUCUGGGUCAUGGGAAAAUGCUACGUCAACUCGUUCCUCGCUCUCUUGAACAGCAGAGAGAUGCUGCGAGAUAAAGUGGCGAAAGGCGCAUUGCAGCUCAGUAACUUCGGCAACCCUCAGUCGAACUCCGGAUCUGAACUGACCCCCAAGACGCCGCGCAAGCCUUCGAGACACUACGAGAUGGCCCUGCGAGACAAGCUGUUGGCUGCCCUCGCUGACCUCCCUGGGACCAGGACCUUCCACAUCCAUGUCCUCACGUCUGUCCCAAGGAAACACAACGGCCUGUUCCCAUACGCACGCCCGCGGCCCCGGACGUACCUCCAGGAUGUCUUCGUCUUGCUCUCGGAGCAGAAAGACCCGGAUGCACCGCAUGUCCUCGUCACCGCCAUCGAGGCGUCGGUCUACAACAUCCCGUCCACGUCCUGUGGCGUCUUGUACGUCUCCAAAGUUGACUCCUCGGGCCACGCGUCUGCCCCCUCACCGACAGCCACCCUUGUUCGUGCGUUCCUCACCUACUAUGCCGACCCCGUGACGCGUCCCAUCGCAGUCCAGCACCUCUGGAUCCAACUCUUCGCGCGCGCUCAGAACCAGUACCUUUUCCCGAACUCGUCCGAGUUCGAGGGCAAACGCCCGCUGUCGGAUGUAAAACUGUGCGCAUGGUGGAAGCGGGUGUACGGCGAGGUCGCGGGGGAGAUCGUGGGGCGGCUGAAGGGUACCGGCAAGGUCAAGCUCUUCUACGUUCUCCCCGGGUACUCUGAGCUGGAAGCAGCGCACACCAUCAGCCGCGCGUUGUCGCGAGCCGUCCCCUCCACCUCCGCCAAAUUUCAGUGGGUAUACGGGCAUCCGUACUCGCAGACCGAGAUCCCCCUUCCUUGUCCGAACAGUGCGGACCCGGACGCGCCACACAAUUUGGGGACCAUCAUACCGUGGUUUGAUGACGACCCGAAGUCGCGGUUCAUUGAUGAGAUCGCGUACAUCAAGAGCACGGAGAGCGGAUUCCGUUCGCCGCAGCGAAAGCGACCACGAGCACCCACUUCGUCUGGACCAGGAGGCGCGAAGAAGCCUGCACGCGAGCAGGAGGACGAGGAGGACAAGGAAAAGGAAAAGGAGGGUCGUCCAGAGGGAGAGCUGUCGCUCGUUUCAGCGGACGAGUUUUGGGAGCGCAUGUCUUUCCGCCAGGAGUGCGUCGCCGGCGCGGUCACGGGAUUCUUCACCCUGUGCGUCUCUACGCCUCCACCGGUGAACCAGGACAGGCCGUCGCAGCCGUCGCCGCUCGCGCCUCAGCCAGGCCAGGUCGCCCCGAAGCUCGUGCGGCGCAUUGUCGCCUCGCUCAUGAACCACCACGAGUUCUCGACGCGCGAACGCGCGAUUCGCGCUACGGAGACUCUGGAGGGCGUGAUCAAGGGGCUCUGCGACGACGCGCCAGCCGACCCCGCGACCGUACCUGCCCCGUCUUCAUCCCCUCCGGAGCACCCGGAACGACCGCACACGCCCGAGCCAAACCGCACAAUGCGGUUGGAGGCGCCGCAGACUCCGCCUCCCGGACGGUCGCACCUCACCGCAGGGCGUCCAGCAGGCGGGCUCCCAGAGAUCUCCCCCAACCCGUUCCCGGACCCGGUGGCGACCCGCGAAACGUACACGGCGCACAUAUACGGAUCGAUCGAGGUGCGGAACGCGCCGCUCGCGCCUCGAGGCGACGCGGGAGCAGAUGGCGGAGCCGAGACGUCGCGCGCGGGAGGCACGGCUGCGCCUGCAGCGCAGCCGGUCACGGUGCUUGCGGUGCGGAAGAAGAGGAAGCCUCCGCCCUGA